CUCAUUGUGUAGAGCGCCACGAGUGAGUAAUGUUGUAAAGAAAGGUGACAGUUUUGAGCCAUGUCCGAUCUUAGCAGUUUAAGUGUUGAUGCAGUUAAGGCUUUUAUGCUUUCUAAGGGUGGUAAAGUGACAAAUCAUGAGUUAGUGAAACAUUUCAAAACUGUUUUGACACAUCCUGGAACAAGAGAUGAAGCUCGAAUCAAAUUUAAAGAAAUAGUUAAUACUCUGGCAACAAUCACAAAAGAUUCAGAGGGUGGAAAGCAGCUGGUACUCCGUAAAAAAUACCGCAAUGGUGGUGAACCAAGCCUCACCUUACCUACCGAUCUUAACCUUCAGUAUACGCCGGUGUACCAGUCCCCCACUACCGAAUACCCGGAGAUGAGCAGGAGGGCUUCUCAGGAUUCUCUAUUUGCUUCCAUAACAUUUCGGUCUCCUCUUACAUCUCCACUGACUCCAUCGCUUCCAGGCACUCCAUUGUCAGACGUCUUCUUGCCAUCCCCCGCCUUCUUGGGUGCCCCAUCAACACCCAUCAGUUCCUCGGCUCCUUCUGUUCCUCCAACAACGCCUGUCGAUAUUCCUGCAAUGCAGUCGUCUCCCUUCCGAACUCCUCCAGCAACUCCUAGAGAUCCCCCUGCUCCAGUAUCCUACCCACAGGAUACCCCAACUGCUGAUCCACCGCCUGUACCGCCCCGCAGAAGGAGCUCUGAACUUAAGCUGCAACAGCAUUUGGAGGAAGUUAAUUCAGAAAACAAGGAAAACGUAGAAGACGGUAAGAUCAGUGUGAAAGAAAGGAGUCAGAAGUUCGAUCGCAUGGCAUCUGAAGGAGCACUUCAUAAAGCGGCGAUCCAUAACAAGAAAAGACAGGAAAAGGCUGACAAAGAUGAAGAAGAUGGAGUCACACUGUUCGACACCAAAUCAAGAGAAUGGAUUGUAAGAUGUGCACAAGGAGAUUACCAAGCAAUUGCAAAACUAGCUGGCGAUAACCCAAAGCUUGUAAAAUUCAAGACUGCUCUUCAUUGGGCCGCCAAACACGGUAAUGAAGACCUGAUAAAGCUCAUUGCUGGAACACACAACGCCGACGUCAAUGCAAGAACGAAUGGGGGGUAUACAGCGCUGCACAUAGCCAUGCAAUUCGGUCAUGAGGAUGUUUACAGCCUUUUAACAGAUGUAUAUGGUGCUGAUGGAAAUCUUCGUGAUUGGAGUGGAAAGAAACCAAGGCAGUACCAGACGCAUAAAGGCACUUCUGUUUCUGCUGAUACGUUCCGAAAAAUCAAAGCAAGAAAAAAACAUGCAGAGAAAGACCUUGGUUUCUUGAGGAUUGGUUCUCUCAACGUGAGAGUGAAGAGGACGACUGAGGCCUUUAGUAAUUUCUUGGGUGUUGGAAGCAAUGAUAAAAUUCAUAAACAUUGGGGCUCAGCUGACAAUUUACCACAGGGUGAUGGCAAAAAGAUGCCCCCUCCUAAAUUUGCUCCUAUUAAGAAGCGUAAAUCAAAAAGAGCUAUUGACUUCUCACCCAGGGGUAGCAUUGCUAGUGAAGGAAAACCCAUGGAAGCACAGGAUUCUGAUUCAGAUGCUGGAUUUGGUUCAACAUGGCAGUCCACUGUUUGAAAUCAUAUUAAUAAUAUUUCAAGUUUUAAAAAAGCCAUUGUGGUACUUGAAAAGAAGAAAAUAUGGAGAACAAGUUGUGUCAUGAUGUUAUUAUUUAUUUAUAAUGGUGCUGGCAUUACAUUUUUACUUGAAUUAUUUAUUAAUGAAUCCCCUUUGAAUAUUUAUAUUCAUUGCUCUAGUGCCAAUUGACAUUGACAAUGUAGGUUUAUUAUUUUAUUUUUGUGAGUUAAUGAUUUUAUUUAAUGAUACCUGAAAUGGUAAUGCAGACAAUCUCAGCUAUUUUUAAUAAACUUAGUGUUUAUAUUUUUUAUGUUGACUUGAGUAUUUUAUGAAUACAUCUAUGACUCAGACAAUUGUUAAUUUAAACAUGUCCAAAGCUUUGAAAUAAAGAUCUGAAAUAGGAUUUUACUUAUUAAUUACUGUCGUCCUAAGUACUAACUUUUAAGUGUUUGCUUAUAAUAUCAAUUAAUAAAAUAAAAUGAUAAAUGUAAAGUAGAAUAAAUGAAAAUGUUGACAUUUUGGUGGUUUUUAUUAAAUUAUUGUGUUACUUUUAUAUUUAUUUUUGUGAACAAGCAGAUAUUCUUUAUUUAAGACACACAUAGACUCAUUUUAUUUUAGUGAUAUUUAUUGAAUUUUUAUUUAUUUAUUUAUUUUUGUAGAAACAUCAUUCUAAGUGAUUGGUAAGAAUUACAAACAAGUAAAUUCAUUUGCUCAAAUUAAUGUUUUUAAUGCUGCCUGAAAACUUAACAUUAAUGUGAAAAGAAUAAACGUAUUCCUAAUAAUUAAUCUCACACUAGUGUUAUUGUUAUUAAAAAGCCUAUGUUACUUAUUUGUGUUUAUUUCCCUUUCUUCAUUCUCUUUUCCUUUUUAUCAAUGUUUUCUGAUGAUUGUUUGAAUUCUGAAUCAUCUAUGUUAUCAUAUAUGAUAAAAUAUCAAAACUUUAGUAUUUUUAAUAUAGUGUAAUGUAAUUGAUCCAUAAAUAUAUUAUUUGAUAAGAUGUUGAACCAUUGUUUUUAUUUUGUUUAAUAGCUCUUAAAAUAAGCAAUUUAUCUACAUUUAUAAUUUUAUAUAUUGGAUAAAAAAAUACACGGCACUUCACCCUCGAGCCCAUUCAUCUAAUUGCUAGAAACUAAUCUAGGAAUCUCAUGCAGGCUGCUUUUAGUAAAGAGACCAGGGCUAAUCAAUUAGAAAAUUUAGAAAAAUCCAAACUUUAAUUGAUGUUUGUUAUAGAAAGUUUAAAGCUAAUUUAAAUUACUUUUGAUUUUCGGUAGCUGUGCUAGACCAGUGGUUUUUCAAAUAUUUUGGCCAUCUGCACAAUAAUAUUAUUAAAUGAAAUUGUUCGCACCCUUAUUAUUAUUUUGUUUAUUAUAUAUUUAUUUUUUGAUUAAUGUAAUAAUAAAUUAUGAAGUAAAAUAAAAUAAUUACAUAACCAAAAAUAUGAUUAUAAUGAAAACCUAUAUUAUGUUUUACUUAUUUAUUUAAUUUAAUGCUUCAAUUUUAAAGUUAUUUAAUUACUUAAAAAUUUUGUGGCACUCAGUUAGACAACUGCUGGCACUAAAAGGUUGUCUCUUAUGAAGUAUCUAGACCAUGAUGAUGUAGAGAUGGUUGACCAUGAUAUAAUAUGAGAAGGAGUUGAUCAGAGGGAGGGGAGGGGGGUGCGCUCAAAUAAAUACUAAAUUAUAGAAAUAGUAUUAUUUAAUUAUUAUGCCGACGUUAGGUGCCACAUCCCAUGCCCUGUUGAAGACCUGCAAGGUGGGUCGAAACGUCGGCAUAAUAAUUAAAUAAUACUAUUUCUAAAAUUUAUUAUUUAUUUCAGCGCAUCCCCCAAUCAACUCCUUUUCAUAUCAAGACCCUAGUUGGGAAACCUGCAGCCUCCAAUAAUUUAUUCUGUAUAUGUGGCCUUUAUAUAUCUAAUGCUAGAAUUAAUUAAUAUGUUAUUAUUUAGGUUACAAAAAUUUAAAAAUUAAUAGAAUUAAGUUGAAAUAUGGCAGUGUGUGUGUUUUUUUUUUUUAAGCAUGAAUAAAAUAUCAAUUUUU